AGCAACCCUAAAGAGCACCAACUGGUUCUCUGGCUCAGAGUUCCUAGGACAGUUGGAAAAAGAGAAACCCUGUCCAGAAGGAGCCUUUGUACUUGUUGAGCCAGACAUGGAUGACGAGAUCCGGCCUGAGGUUGGAGUGUUCUCAUCAAGGGUGCACCUGGCAGAGGUUAUGGCUAUGAUGAAUGCCAGACCACUGGAGCAAGCCGUUUCGAACGGUUCUCAACCUGGAGGUCAAUAGUACGGGCCAUGGGAAGACUCAUACACACUGUGCGAGCUGCGGCACAAACCUUUCAAGAUCACGCUGUUGAUGUACUUUGGCAAACAAAGACUGUGGUCAUUCGGAGUGCUCAACAGGAAGCCUACAAAGAAGAGAUCAGGUGCUUGGAGAAGGGCGGUAAACUCUCAAAACGAAGUCCUCUGAAGAAACUUAAUCCCACCAUUGACAAAGACGGUUUGCUGAGAAUCGGAGGACGUAUCUCAUCAGCUGAUCUCCCUAACUAUGAGAAGCACCCAGUGAUCAUUCCAAAAAACAGUCACAUUGCAACUCUCUUGGUAAGGCAUUAUCAUGAAGAGGUAGUUCACCAAGGGCGCCAUUUCACAGAGGGCGCCAUCCGGGCUGCAGGGUUGUGGAUUGUGUCAAGCAAGCAUCUAGUUUCCAGAGUGAUCCAUAAAUGCGUGACCUGCAGGAAGCUGAGGGGAAAGUUGAUGGAGCAGAAAAUGGCUGACCUACCUGCCGAUAGGCUUGUCAAAGAGCCUCCUUUCACGCAUGUAGGUCUGGAUGCCUUCGGGCCCUGGUUGAUCACCUCACGCCGAACUAGAGGAGGCCACGCUGAAAGCAAACGUUGGGCAGUUCUGUUUACGUGCAUGAGUACUCGUGCUGUUCAUAUUGAGGUAAUAGAGUCUAUGUCCACGUCCUCAUUCAUCAAUGCUUUGCGAAGAUUCUUCGCUGUCCGUGGGCCUGCCAAGCAACUCCGCUCUGACUGCGGCACCAAUUUUGUCGGAGCCUGCAAGGAGUUAGGGAUUAACACGGAAGACUCUAAGCUCAAGAACUAUCUUGCUCAUCAAGGGUGCACCUGGACUUUCAACCUGCCCCACUCUUCCCACAUCGGCGGCUCGUGGGAAAGGAUGAUAGGGAUUGCACGCCGCAUCUUGGACGCAAUACUACUACAUGCAGGUGCAGCUCCUCUCACUCAUGAGGUACUCACGACAUUGAUGGCAGAGGUUAUGGCUAUGAUGAAUGCCAGACCGCUGGUGCCGGUAUCAGUGGAUCCUGAAAUGCCCACUCUCCUAACACCUGCCAUGUUGCUGACUCAAAAGAUCAGUCCUCUGCUACCCCCUCAAGGAGACUUCGACCAGAAAGAUCUGCAUAGAAAUCAAUGGAGACAAGUCCAAUGUCUAGCCGACACGUUCUGGAAGCGCUGGCGAAUGGAAUACCUGGCAACACUCCAAAAAUGCAGAAAGUGGACAGAGGAUAAACCAAGCGUUCAAGAGGGAGACGUCGUACUUCUCAGAGAUAAUCAGGCCAGACACAAUGAGUGGCCUGUCGGAGUCAUCCAGAAGACUCUUCCCAGUGCUGAUGGGAAAACACGCAAGGUCGAAGUGAGAAUCUUCAGUCAAGGUGCCAUCAAGGUUUUCCUUAGGCCCAUCUCAGAAGUUGUUCUCCUUCUGUCAAAAGACACUUAAUUAUUUUAAGGGGCCCCCAAUAUGUUGUGUUUUAGUUAAUAGUGGUAUCACAAUGUAAUACCAGGUGGGGAGUGUUCUGCCCUUUAAUCUUGCUGAACAGCACCUCCUUCUGGUCCCUUUUUAUAUCGCUG